AUGUGUGGCAUAUUCGCGUGUCAUAAGCACCCCGAUGUGCAGACUUUCAAGCCAACGGCCCUGAAAAUGGGAAAGGCUGUUCGCCAUCGAGGUCCAGAUUGGUCUGGUAACCAUGUUGCGAACAACACCAUCCUGGUUCAUGAGCGCUUGAGCAUUGUCGGUGUCGAGUCUGGCGCUCAGCCGCUUGUCAACGAUGAGGGAACCGUUUCCCUGGCCGUCAACGGCGAAAUCUACAACCACCGAAUCCUCCGCAAGUCCCUCAAGACCCCGUACAACUUCAAGACACACUCGGAUUGCGAAGUUAUCAUCCCUCUGUAUCUCGAACAUGACAUCGAUGCUCCGCGGAAACUUGACGGCAUGUUCUCUUGGGUCCUUCACGACAAGGCUCAAGAUCGUGUCAUCGCAGCACGCGACCCGAUCGGUAUCACCACUUUUUACAUGGGCCGGUCGAGCACAACACCAGGCGCAGUUUUCUUCGCUUCCGAGCUGAAGUGCUUACAUCCCGUCUGCGACAACAUCAUCUCCUUCCCUCCCGGGCACGUCUACGACUCGAAGACGGAUUCACUUACCCGUUACUACGACCCCAAGUGGCUUGUCGAGCCCGAGAACAUCCCUACACAACCCGUAAACUACAAGGAAUUACGGGCAUCGUUUGAGCGAUCAGUGCGGAAACGCAUGAUGGCGGAAGUUCCCUUUGGUGUUCUUCUGUCUGGUGGUCUUGAUUCAAGUCUGGUCGCUUCAAUUGCGCAACGGGAAACCCUGCGCUUGAACGAGCUCACGAGGAAGAAGGCCGCAGCAUCUUCGGGCAACGCCAGCGAGCAACAGAACCAACUUGUUGGUAUCGAUGACUCCAACGAGCUCCAGACAGAUCUCCUUCUGGGACAGCUCAACUCCUUCUCAAUUGGUCUGCCCAACGCACCCGAUGCCAUCGCUGCGCAGGAAGUAGCCAAUUUUCUUGGAACCAAGCACCAUACCUUUACUUUCACCAUCGAAGAUGGCCUCAACGCACUCACAGAUGUCAUUUUCCAUCUCGAGACGUUCGACGUAACGACCAUCCGCGCUUCAACACCCAUGUUCUUGUUGAGCAGAAAGAUCAAGGCUAUGGGAGUCAAGAUGGUGCUUUCAGGAGAAGGAAGUGACGAGAUCUUCGGCGGAUACCUCUACUUCCACAACGCGCCCGACAAGGCUGCUUUCCACCAAGAAUGCAUUCGCCGUGUCAAGAAUCUCCACCUUGCCGACUGCCUUCGCGCGAACAAGUCAACAUCCGCAUGGGGUGUCGAGGCGCGUGUGCCUUUCUUGGACAAGGAAUUCCUCAACACAGCCAUGAACAUCGACCCCGCCGACAAGCUCAUCGACCGGGAAGCCGGCCGCAUCGAGAAGUACAUCCUGCGCAAGGCCUUCGAUACCACCGACGAGCCAGAGACGCAACCCUACCUCCCCGAGAAGAUUCUCUGGAGACAGAAGGAGCAAUUCUCUGACGGUGUAGGUUACGGAUGGAUUGAUGCUCUCAAGGACACCGCUGAGCUACACGUGACCGACGAGAUGAUGAAGAACCCGAAGAAGGAGUGGGGUAACGAUGUCCCGGACACCAAGGAGGCGUACUGGUACAGGUGUAUGUUCGACGAGCACUUCCCCAGCUACUGCGCCGAUACCGUCAUGCGAUGGACGCCUACUUGGAGCAACCAGACGGAUCCUUCUGGACGUGCUAUUGGCGUUCACGAGCAGAAGUACGCUCAUGCUAAAUAG